ACUUACACACUGACUGACGGUCCAAGACAGCUGCAGCCACCAGCCUUCCAACCCAUUGAGACUAUUUGUGGCCAUCUGAACAGCCCAGAGGUCCUGACGAUCCCGCUCCGCUGUAGGAAGCAAGGCGAAAACUCAGCCAGGACAGGGAAGCUGAACAAAAUGGCUGCUUUGACGAUAGAUCCCAUUCAGCAGCCUCGGAUGUACCAGCAGACCUUGCUUCAGGAUGGAUUGUGUGAUCUGUUGGAGAAUGACAGAUUUGUGGAUUGUGUUCUGAAAAUCCAGGACAAAGAGUUCCCCUGCCAUCGUCUGGUUUUGGCUGCCAGUAGCCCUUUCUUCAAGGCCAUGUUCCUGUCUGACUUGGAGGAGAGUAAGAAGAGGGAGAUAAUCCUAAAAGAUGUGGAUCCUGGUGUUAUGGGGAUGAUCCUGCGCUACCUUUACACAUCUGACAUUAACCUGACAGAGCAGAAUGUCCAGGAUAUCUUCAUGGUUGCCAACAUGUACCAGAUCCCUUCCAUCUUCUCUGUGUGUGUGUCCUACCUCCAAGAGAAGAUGGUGCUGAGCAACUGCCUUGCCAUUUACAGACUAGGCCUUCUUCUCGAUUGCCCAAGGCUCACUCUGGCUGCCAGAGAGUUCAUAUGCGAGCGAUACCAGGUUGUUGUCCGGGACCAGGAGUUCUUGCAGCUAGACCCCAGUGAAUUGGCCAUCAUCAUCACAUCAGAUACUUUAAAUGUUGAUCGAGAAGAGCUGGUGUUUGAGUCGCUGAUGGACUGGGUCAGGCAUGAUGAGACGACGCGGUUGAAGGAUCUGCCUGAGCUGUUACAUUGUGUCCGAUUCAGGCUCAUCCCUGUGGAGUACUUCCAAGAGAAAGUGGAACGCCACGAGUACAUGAGGUUCAACCAGGAGAUCAAGAAGGAGCUGGAGCUUGUCAAGGAUGCUCACAGAGGGCUUCUCCCCAAGCCAAAGAGCCUUACCAGUGACGGGGCAAAGGGAGGACAGGAAGGUGAAGAUGACCAGGAGGAGGAGGGAUACCUGCCUGGGAUACUGAACAACAACCCUCGCUUUGGAAUGUUUGAGAUGGACCUGAUACUCAUGAUCAACAGCACAGGGACUGUGGCCUAUGAACCAGUGGGAAACGAAUGCUUUGUGGUGUCGGAGUCUACAGAGAUUCCCAAGAACCACUGCAGCCUGGUGACGAGGCAGAACCAGGUGUUUGUUGUUGGAGGGCUUCUCUGCAGUGAAGACGACAAAGAUGAACCACUCAAGUCUUAUUUCCUACAGUUUGACCCAGUGAGUUCAGAAUGGUUAGGAAUGCCAUCACAGCCCAGCCCCCGCUGUCUGUUUGGGAUGGCUGAAGUAGAAAACUCCAUCUAUGUUGUUGGUGGAAAAGAGCUGAAGGAAGGGGAGCACGCUCUCAGCUCCGUCAUGAUCUAUGACAGACAGUCAUUUAAAUGGGGCGAGUCUGACCCACUGCCUUAUGAAGUUUACGGUCAUGGAACCGUUUCACACAACGGCCUCGUCUACGUGAUUGGAGGAAAGUCUGAGAGCAAGAAAUGCAUGAGAAGAGUCUGUGUGUACAACCCAACGAAGUUUGCGUGGAAGGACCUGGCUCCUCUGAAAACGGCUCGCUCUUUGUUUGGGAUCACCGUCCAUGAUGACCGGAUCUUUGUAGCCACUGGAGUCACUGACUCAGGCCUCACCAGCUCCGUGGAGGUCUACAACAUCAACACCAACGAGUGGUCUGAGUUUACAGAGUUCCCUCAGGAGCGUAGCUCUCUCAACCUGAUCUCAAUGGGAGGUUAUCUGUACGCCGUGGGUGGCUUUGCCAUGAUGUCCAGUGAAACCAGUGAAGACCCAGUUCCGACAGAGAUGAAUGACAUCUGGAGAUAUGAGGAGUCCGAGGAGUGCUGGAAUGGGGUUUUGCGUGAGAUUUCCUACGCAGAGGGAUCUACCAUCCUCCCAGUGCAUCUCAACAUUCUCCGCCUCAACAAGUUAUAGCCAAACUGAACUGCUGGUGCCUCGAGGUUCAACCAGAACACUCUUGGUGGACAUUGGCCCUAAAUUAACUCAGGGUUCAGAAAGAUUCAAGGUAAUAACUGAACCUGGUCUCAGAGGAGGAAAGAAAUCGCUUUGAAAUUGUUUUAUCCAAAGAUGUCCAGCAGGGGGAGACAAACACAUGCCAAGUCUGAGAAGAGCUGAAGACGAAAGACAAAUCAGAUUAUCACACCGAAUUUAUUUUACAAAAACUCAAAAACAUGCUUUGUACAUCCUCUUUUUGGUACGUAGUUUUAGUAUGUUUAUUUACUAAAUGUAAUCCUGCGUUAUUCCAAUAAAAACUGUGAUUAAGCUGC